AUGGGCAGCUACGAAGACGAUCCAGCGUGGCCAUUUCUUCGACAAUCCCAGGAGCAGCUAUUAGCAGCAACAACGAAGAAAUUCGACUCGAAGAAGAAUGUUUGGAUUACCGACGCUGAAGAGGGAUUCAUUGCCGCCGAAAUCAAAUCGUCCAAGGGUGACAACAUUAUUGUUGUUACCAGCAAGGGAAAUGAAAAGACCAUUAAAAAAGAUGAAGCUCAGCAGAUGAAUCCACCAAAAUUCGAAAAAACUGAGGAUAUGGCGAAUUUGACGUUUUUGAAUGAUGCCUCAGUGCUGCAUAAUCUUCGUCAAAGAUACUUCUCAAUGAUGAUCUACACCUAUUCCGGUUUGUUCUGUGUAGUCAUCAAUCCAUACAAGCGUUUACCGAUUUACUCGGAAUCUGUAUGCCAAAUGUACAUGGGAAGACGUCGUAAUGAGAUGCCACCGCAUCUUUUUGCUGUUUCCGAUGAAGCGUACAGAAAUAUGAAGAAUGAUCACGAAAAUCAAUCAAUGCUGAUUACUGGAGAGUCUGGAGCUGGAAAGACGGAAAACACGAAAAAGGUUAUCUCAUAUUUUGCGAUGGUUGGAGCAUCGCAAGGCAAGAAAUCCAAGGUGGAUAAGGCAAAUGUUUCGCUGGAAGAUCAAAUAGUACAAACAAAUCCUGUACUAGAAGCUUUCGGUAACGCAAAGACUGUACGUAACAACAACUCUUCUCGUUUCGGAAAAUUCAUCCGUAUUCACUUCAACAAGGCUGGAAAAGUUGCCGGAGGAGACAUUGAACAUUAUUUGCUUGAGAAAUCGCGAGUGAUCAAGCAAGCUCCGGGAGAAAGAUGUUAUCACAUUUUCUAUCAGAUGUAUUCGGGAGCAGUCAAAGGAUUGAAAGAGAAAUUGAUGCUGACUCGUCCGCUCAAAGAGUACCAUUUUGUCGCUCAAGCUGAGAUAACUAUCGAUGGUGUAGAUGAUCAAGAGGAAAUGCUCAUGACGGAUGAAGCUUUUGACAUCAUGAAAUUCUCCCAACGAGAAAAAGAUGAACUGUUCGCGAUUACUGCAGGUAUUAUGCACAUGGGUGAAUUGACAUUCAAGCAAAGACCACGAGAAGAACAAGCCGAACUGGAUAAUGGAAAAGAAGGUGAACUAGCUUGUAAGUUAUACAACGUCGACUACGAGAAAUUCAUCAGUUCGCUGCUAAAACCACGCGUUAAAGUCGGAACAGAAUGGGUGAAUAAAGGGCAGAAUCUGGAACAGGUCAACUGGGCAGUUGGUGCUCUCGCAAAGGCGCUGUAUGCACGAAUGUUUACCUGGCUUAUUAAGAGGUGUAACAAAACUUUGGAUGCCCAAGAUUUGUCCCGUGACUUCUUCAUCGGAGUUUUGGAUAUUGCUGGUUUCGAGAUUUUCGAUCACAACUCGUUCGAACAACUCUGGAUCAACUUCGUCAACGAGAAGCUCCAGCAAUUUUUCAAUCACCAUAUGUUCGUGCUCGAACAGGAAGAAUAUUCUCGUGAAGGAAUUCAGUGGGAAUUCAUCGAUUUCGGUCUCGACCUGCAAGCAUGUAUAGAGCUGAUCGAAAAGCCUUUGGGCGUAAUUUCCAUGCUUGACGAGGAGUGCAUCGUUCCGAAGGCUACCGAUUUGACAUUUGCGUCGAAGUUGAAUGACCAACACCUUGGAAAACAUCCGAAUUUCCAAAAGCCACGCCCACCGAAGGGAAAACAAGCUGAUGCACAUUUGGCUAUCGUCCACUAUGCAGGUACGGUACGCUACAAUGUAAAUGGAUGGUUGGAGAAGAACAAGGACCCACUCAACGACACAGCAGUCACGGUGUUGAAGGGGAACCAAGGCAAUCAAUUAAUGAGUGAGCUCUGGGCUGACUACAACACUCAAGAAGACAUUGCUGCUGCCUCAUCGCAAGGGAAGAAAACUCCCGGGAAGAAGAAGGGUAAAUCUGCAUCAUUUAUGACCGUAUCAAUGAUGUAUCGUGAAUCGCUUAAUAAUUUGAUGCAUAUGUUGAAUCAAACACAUCCACAUUUCAUCCGAUGUAUCAUUCCCAAUGAGCAAAAGAAGAGCGGAGUUAUCGAGGCAAAUUUGGUGCUAAAUCAGCUGACGUGUAACGGUGUACUGGAAGGAAUCCGUAUCUGCCGUAAAGGUUUCCCCAAUCGUAUGCCCUAUGAAGACUUUAAGCAGAGAUAUGCACUGCUCGCUGCUGAUGCCGCUAAGAAAGGAAAAACGGACAAGGAGGCCGGUGAGAAAAUCGCCGAUGAACUUAUCAAGAAGGGUGCCAUCAAGGUCGAGGAGUUCCAAUGUGGUCUCACCAAGGUGUUUUUCAAAGCUGGUGUACUCGCUCAUCUCGAAGAAUUGCGUGACGAAGCAUUGACGGUGAUCAUUACCAAACUGCAAUCCACAUGUAGACACUAUUUGGCUAUGUGCGAUUAUAAACGUAGACUGGAUCAGAAAGUUGGUCUACUAGUUGUUCAACGCAAUGUACGUGCAUGGUGCACGCUACGCACUUGGCAUUGGUUCAAGCUCUACGGUCGUGUCAAACCUCUCAUCAGAGGAAACAAAAAGGAUGAAGAGAUGGAAGCAUUAGCUAAAAAGCUUAAAGAGCUUGAAGAGAGCCAUCAAACUGAAGAACGCAAGAGAAAAGAUUUGGAGGCGGAAAACGAUCGUCUUCAGGCAGAGAAACAAGAACUUCUCAUACAAUUAGAGCAGGAACGAGAUGGAAACGCUGAAAUCGAGGAGAGAAGCGCUAAGCUGCUGGCACAGAAAGCAGAUGUAGAGAAGCUGAAUGCUGAUCUCAACGAUCAACUGGCUGAUCAAGAGGAUAGAAACGCUGCCCUUACUAAGGCCAAGAAGAAGAUGGAACAAGACAACGACGCUCUCAAAAAAACCAUAUCUGAACUAGAGACGACAAUCAAGAAGCAGGAGCAAGAGAAGCAGGGCAAAGAUCAUCAAAUUCGAAGUUUGCAGGAUGAAAUUGCAUCACAAGACGAAGCAAUCUCCAAGAUUAACAAAGAAAGAAAAAAUCAAGAAGAAGUGAAUCGUAAGCUUCUCGACGACAUACAAGCACAAGAGGACAAGGUGAACCAUAUCAAUAAGGUGAGGGCAAAGUUGGAGUCAACACUAGAUGAGGUGGAGGAUAGUCUGGAACGAGAAAAACGAAAUCGACAAGAUGUUGAGAAGCAGAAGCGUAAGGUGGAGGGAGAGUUGAAGAUUGCCCAGGAAACUAUCGAAGAGAUUACCCGACAGAAACAUGAUCAAGAGAAUUUAUUAAAGAAAAAGGAAGCUGAAAUCCACUCGCUGACCAGCCGUCUUGAGGAUGAACAAUCGCUUGUUGCUAAACUUCAACGACAAAUCAAAGAACUUCAGUCUCGUAUUCAAGAGCUUGAGGAAGAGCUGGAGGCUGAACGUCAGAGCAGGGCCAAGGCUGAGAAGGGAAGGAAUGAAAUGCAGCUCGAGUUGGAAGAACUUGGGGAUCGUUUGGAUGAAGCUGGCGGUGCCACUCAGGCACAAAUGGAACUGAAUAAAAAAAGAGAGGCUGAGUUGGCCAGUCUCCGCCGCGAUCUGGAAGAAGCUGCCAUCAACAGCGAAACAACCAUGGCAGCUCUACGCAAAAAACAUUCUGAGGGUAUUGCUGAGAUCACCGAUCAGCUGGAUACUAUACAAAAAAUGCGGGCUAAGCUCGAAAAGGAAAAGGCACAGCAACAACGCGAAAUCGAAGAACUACACUCGGCUAUUGACAGUGAAUGUAAACAGAGACAGAAUGUGGAGCGUCUAGUGAAACAGCUCGAGGUUCAACUCACCGAUAUGUCCCUAAAAAGCGACGAACAGGCGAGAACUAUCCAAGAAUUGACAAUGUACAGGAGUAAACUGCAAGGAGAGAACAGCGAACUAAACAGGCAACUGGAAGAUGCUGAAUCGCAGUUGGCCGCCGUCAAUCGAAUAAAACAACAACUCCAUGCGCAAGGUGAGGAGUCACGUCGACAACUGGAGCAAGAGACCAGAGAAAGACAACAGCUACAGAUGCAACUAUCGAAUUAUCAACUGGAAUGCGAGCAACUGCGUGAAGCUUUGGAAGAGGAGCAGGAUACAAAGACCGAACUGCAACGUCUGAUCAGCAAGGCGAACGCGGAAGCUCAACAAUGGCGUGCUCGCUUCGAAGGUGAGGGUAUGAAUAAAGCUGAAGAAUUGGAAGAAGCAAAGCGAAAACUUGCCCACAAGGUACAAGAAAUCCAGGAACAGUUAGAAGCCGCUAAUCAGAAGAUUAGUUCAUUGGAGAAGACUAGACAGAGAUUGGUGCAUGAGCUUGAAGAUGCUCAAGUGGACGCUGAUAGGGCCAACGCUGUAGCUAAUUCCUUGGAGAAAAAGCAGAAAGGCUUCGACAAGAUCAUUGAUGAAUGGCGACGAAAAUGCGAGGCUCUCGUCCAGGAAGUGGAAGCAAGCCAACGGGACACCCGCGCGGCAGCCACUGAGUCGAUGAGGCUGCGUAACCAGCUUGAAGAGGCAGCUGAGCAGACCGAGGCAGUGCGUAGAGAGAACAAGGCGCUAGCUCAAGAGCUGAAGGAUAUCGCUGAUCAACUCGGCGAAGGCGGAAAAAGCGUUCAUGACUUACAGAAAAUCAGAAGACGCUUGGAAUUGGAGAAAGAGGAGCUCCAACAAGCACUUGACGAAUCUGAGGCAGCUCUAGAAGCGGAAGAAUCGAAAGUGUUGAGAGCGCAAGUAGAAGUGUCACAAAUCCGUUCCGAAAUCGAGAAACGCCUUCAGGAAAAGGAGGAAGAAUUCGAGAACACUCGCAAAAAUCAUCACAGAGCAUUGGAAAGUAUGCAGGCAUCACUGGAGAGCGAAUCUCGCGGACGGGCUGAGUUGUUGAGAAUGAAGAAGAAACUAGAGAGCGACAUCAAUGAGCUAGAAGUCGCCUUAGACCACGCAAACAAAGCCAACAGUGAUGCUCAAAGAAACAUGAAGAAGUACCAAGAUUCUGCGCGAGAUCUUCAGCUGCAACUUGAGGAAGAGCAACGUCUUCGUGAGGAAGCGAAUGAACAAACAUUAAUGGCUGAAAGACGAGCUCAGAUUGUGCAACAGGAGAAGGAAGAUCUGACAGCUGCACUGGAACAGGCGGAACGAGCACGUCGACAAGCAGAAUUCCAAGCCGCAGAGAACAAAGAUACUGCUACUUCACUGACAAAUACAAAUGCAGCUUUGUCUGCAAAUAAAAGAAAGCUAGAAGGCGACAUCCAGCAUCUCCAAUCCGAAAUGGAAGAGGCGCUUAACGAACUAAAGAGUGCCGAUGAACGUGCAAGAAAGAGCGCAAUGGAGAUUGGACGACUAAACGAUGAACUGAAAUCCGUGCAGGAACAUUCGCAAGGUCUAGAGAAAACAAGGAAGGGACUGGAGUCGCAACUCAAGGAAAUGCAAGCACGUCUAGAAGAGGCAGAGGGCCAGUCGAUGAAGGGAGGAAAGCGAACCAUUGCGAAGCUGGACGCUAAAUGCCGUGAACUAGAGACAGAAUUAGAAGCAGAGGGUCGCAGACAUGCCGAGGCCACUAAAAAUCUUCGCAACAAAGAUCGUCGAUGCAGAGAAUUGCAAUUCCAGGUAGACGAAGACAAAAAGUCCUCAGAACGUAUGUACGAUCUUGUUGAAAAGUUGCAGCAGAAGAUAAAGACGUAUAAGAGACAAGUAGAAGACGCUGAAGGUCUUGCUGCCCAAAAUCUCGCUAAGUAUCGCCAAUUGCAACAUGCACUAGAAGACGCCGAGGAACGAGCAGACGCUGCUGAAAAUGCGCUGGCAAAGAUGAGGCUAAAGAAUCGGAGCGGAUCCUACAGAGCAUUGUCACAUUCGGCCUCUGCAACUGGUAUGAACAUGCGAAGCAAUUCUCGAGGUCGUAUGCUCGAAGAAGACGGUGUCGACGAGUAG